AUGUACGAGAAUGCAUUCAUCGAAAAACAUCAAAUUGAAUUACUGACACUGAAUAUUAAUCGCAAGGAUUUUGCCCAUGCGAUUAGCUGUAUCGCUGGCGAUCUGCACUCAAAUGAUGCAUCCCCGUUAGUGCGUCGUGCAUUGCAUGCAUCCGCUCAUCCGGUGCUGUUUCUGACGGUUGCCGUGGGAUCAGCCAUGUAA